AUGUGGCUGGCCCUUCUUACAUAUCAGCUCGCCUCACUUUUUACCGUCCGGGCUCAGAAUGCCUGUUUGGGACAUCCCACCUUCAGGGCGCCAGCCAACACGGACAUCGAGGUGUUUUGCGGGUCCCAGACGGUGGACCUCCAGAUCCUGCUUUGUCCCGUCUACUUCAGCGGAUACAACGAGUCCCUGCUGGCCCUAAACUCGGAGCACUCGCUAAAUCGGUGCCGAGGCACCGCCGACUGGACGGUGGACCCGCCGGUGGCCCGGUUCAACGUCUCCAUCACGGACGAGGGAAUUGCCGCCUGCUCCAGCUCCCUGACGGUCUCCCAGGAGACGGGGACCGGGGUGUUCGCGGACUUCUCCCUGGUGCAGUACAUCAACAUCUCGGGCAUGGUUUGCUCGGAGGACCCGGAGGGGGGAACCAUCACCUACCGGCGGGACGUGAUGUACCGGUUCUCCUGCCGGUACCCGCUGCAGUACCUGGUCAACAACACCCAGAUCAGCGUGUGUGAUCGGGACGGCCAGACGGUCCUGGGCACCAACGGCGAGCAGCAGGAGGCGCGCUUCUCCUUCGAGGCGUUCCGGUUCGUGCAGAGUGCCGCCGGGAGCUUCUCCACCUACUAUAUUCACUGUGCCACCAGACUGUGUGUGAACACCAUCUGCCCCACGCUCACCCAGAACUGCACCACAAACUCUAGGAGGCGACGCAGUGUAACUGAGGAGGGAGAAACGAAAGUGACCGAUGCCGCCACCGUUAGCUCGGGGCCCAUCACCGUGCACCUGGACAGAGGGUACCUGGUGACAUCUGGAGGUUUGGAGCAGGGCGAUGUGACGGUGGUGGCUGUUUCCAUGGUAGCGGGGGUCAGUGGGGCCGUUUGCCUCAUUCUGGGGGCUUUCGUCUUCUACCAGAAGUACAAAUCCAAAUCUGCUUCCAAAAAGAUGAACUGGUUCACUCAGGAGUGA